GACUUUCCUCCCGUGACGUUCAGGGGUGGGGGAGGGAGGAGAGGAGGCGGCAGAGAGAGGCUGGCUGGGCUGCGGAGAUCGCUGACGGAGAUCCUCGUUGAGCGGCCGCCUUCACAGGCUCGCCACCCCGCCGGACACCCACCGACAGGCGGCCUGAGCCGUCCGGGAGAAGGUGGACCUUUCCCGCAUCGACGGGAGACCUGAGCGAGGGAGGCGUGUGAGAGGACGUUCCAGGAGAAGGAGGCGCGUGUGAGAGGACGUUCCAGGAGAAGGAGGCGUGUGAGAGGACGUUCCAGGAGAAGGAGGCGUGUGAGAGGACGUUCCAGGAGAAGGAGGUGUGUGAGAGGGCGUUCCAGGAGAAGGAGGGAUUGGAGCGUGUGGAUGGACUGUACCUCCCGUGCUUUUGGAAGAGUCCCAGACAGGGGUGCAAGAUGUUUGGAGCAGGAGAGCAGGUGGUUAGCUGUGUUUUCCUGAGCUGAGAGGCUGCCCAACGGAGGCCAAGACAGCCUAGAGAGGUGCCCCUCGGUGGGAAGAUGGGCUCAGAAAAGGACUCCGAGUCGCCCCACUCCUCGCUGAGCGGCAUCCCCAACCCAAAGUGCCGUGCGGCCGGAAAGCACCGGCGCCGCAUCUCCUUCCAGAGCCUCUUUAACGGCAAGCGGGGAUCCCGAGGCACCAGGGGCCCCAAAGCAGGGGUGGCCACCACCACCACCACCACCACCACCCCUCAGUCCUACCAUCUCCACACACAACAGCAGCAGCUUAUACCGUCUGCCUUGACCCCGCCCCCGGGCCCACCCACGACCGCAGCCGCCCGGGACGUCGCCACCACUACCCCGUCCAGGCAGUUGUCCUCCGGCCAGCCCUUCCUGAGCAGCGAGGCUCCGUCAUUGGGGGAGGCCGACCUCCUGGAGUGCCCCCUGUGCCUGGUGCGCCAGCCGGCCCAGCAGCUCCCCGAGCUGCUGGGCUGCGGCCACCGAUCCUGCCUAUGCUGCCUGCGCCAGUACCUGCGCAUCGAGAUCACCGAGAGCCGGGUCCAGCUCAGCUGCCCCGAGUGCGCCGAGCGCCUGGUGCCCAGGCAGGUGGCCGACAUCUUGGAUGACGCCGCCCUGCUGCACAAGUACGAGGAGUUCCUGCUGCGCCGCUGCCUCGCCUCGGAUCCCGACUGCAGGUGGUGCCCCGCACCCGACUGCGGGUUUGCCGUCAUAGCCUCGGGCUGCGCCAGCUGUCCCCGGCUGGUGUGCCGCAGAGAAGGCUGCGGCGCCGAGUUCUGCUACCACUGCAAGCAGGCCUGGCACCCCAACCAGACCUGCGACUCGGCCCGCCAGCAGAGGGCGCACUCCCUGCACACGCACAGCAACCACUCGCCCAGCUACACGCCAGAGCAGGGCCCCGCCGACGACAUCAAGCCGUGCCCCCGCUGCGGCGCCUACAUCAUCAAGAUGAACGACGGCAGCUGCAACCACAUGACGUGUGCCGUGUGCGGCUGCGAGUUCUGCUGGCUCUGCAUGAAGGAGAUCUCCGACCUGCAUUACCUCAGUCCGUCCGGCUGCACCUUCUGGGGAAAGAAACCGUGGAGCAGGAAGAAGAAGAUCCUGUGGCAGCUCGGCACGCUCAUCGGCGCCCCCGUCGGCAUCACGCUCAUCGCCGGCAUCGCCAUCCCCGCCAUGGUCAUUGGCAUACCCGUCUAUGUGGGACGCAAGAUCCACGCUCACUACGAGCUGAAGAAGGCGUCUCGCCACAGGAGGAACUUGGCCAUCACGGCGGGCGUGGCCUUGUCCGUGCUCUCCGCCCCCGUCAUCGCAGCCGUCAGCGUGGGCAUCGGCGUGCCCAUCAUGUUGGCGUACGUCUACGGCGUGGUGCCCAUCUCGCUGUGCCGAGGAGGCGGCUGUGGCGUGAGCAGAGGGAAGGGGCGGGGCGUACGCAUCGACUUUGAUGAGGACGACGGACCAAUCACAGUGGCCGAUGCAUGGCGAGCCCUCAAGUCGCCGAGCCUGGGCGAGAGCAGCCUAGACGGGGCGGUCAGCGGUCUGAGCACCACCUCCCCCAGUGAGGGCCUCUCUAUGGUCCCGGGGACCGUCGGGGACACGCCGUAUUUCAACACUCUGGCUAGCGGCGCCCUGGGGACGCGCACGGGCAAGUACAGCAGGCUGGAGGUCCAGACGGGGCAGUCGGCCAAAGAGUCGGCCCAGAAGGAGACGGGGAGCCUGGGGGCGGGAAGCGACUGUGCCAGCACUCGAGGGAUGGCCGGGUCCAUCAUCUCCUCCUACACCCUGCCUGACAGGGACGGCACCAACCUGGAGAUCCAGGUGGACAUCGAGACCAAACCCAGCCACCUCUGCCUGACCAGCGAGGAGGACCUGGCGCCGCACGCCGGCCCUACCGCUGCCGCCUCGGGAGGGGAGGAGCCCCUGGACUGCAGCUCCAGACGGGGUGGAGCGUUGUCCGGCUCCGCCCUGGGACUGUCCCACGGCGGCUCCAUCAGGGAGGGGCUCCGUGAUGUCACGCUGGCCCAGCCCGAGAGCAUCCGCAGCGACCUGGAGAUGUCGGACACGCAGUCGGACGACAUCGCCGAGCUGACGUCCGACGACUGCGACUCGCCUCGGCCCAAAGUCUGCGCCCCGGCCCCGCCCCCCUCCUGCCGGGCCCAGAGCCCCCGCAACGAAGGCCUUCAUUGUCCCGCAGACGGCAACGUCGUCUUGUACGUGUGAGAGACCGGCAGCUCUC